AUGCAUGAAACACAGACUUUCGAACAAAGAGCUAUCUAUUUGGUUGGGAGGAAACAUCUUGAGGAGCAGCCAACUCAACAAUUUAACCAAAGUAUCAUCAAAGAAAAGAAGAGAAGAUACCAAGGUAUCGUGAAAACCAAGAUCGAAGACCUUGUAUUCGCGCCUGACAAUUCAUCUUGCAACGGCAACAUUGAGUGUAAAAAAGUCGAUAAACUCAAAUGUAUGUUUGAAAAAGAGGGCUGCGAUCGAAUUAAUCCUCGAAAUCCUAUCCUGGGAGAAGUCUCUGAGGAGAUAUUCGUGACUGCUUUAAGACUAUCAAAGUUAGCACCGGAGGAUAUUCAACGUGAAGAGCCGACGAAGUCGCACCAACGCUGUCUUGGAAUCCGUCGAUUAGGAAAUUGGUGGACAAUUGAGCUGUACACUAAACUUGAACAAGACGUUUUUGAUACAAUUUCCGAGAAUUAUGUCAACGAAGGGUCACUUUCUGACGGCCGCAUAUAUGCAAAAAUCGUUUAUUACCAUUCUCGGGAUCCUUUAAACGAGGCGAAAUGGCGGGUAAGGUUGAGUGAGCACAAAUCUUUCACGUGCAAGAAACUUAUAGAACAUGCCUGUUUGGGAUCUCCUUUACUGAAAGUGAUCUUUCAGAUACCAAGUAUGCAUGAUCAGUUGGAGCUUGGAACAUGGCAUAAAAUAAUUGGUGCGAAAUGUGACGAGGAAUUUGCUCGUUAUCUACACUUCUUGCAUGGGAUCAAAGGAAAUGCUGCAUUACGUCGACCCCGAAGACGUACAGGAAGUUUAGGCGCGAGUGCCUGGCGUUUCGCGAGAGGACCACUGUCAUGUGGCUACAGCCAUCAUGAGUGGCAAAGUUUCCAAAAGAUUACAAGACGACGCUGA